CCAUGACAAACGUUCGCUUCAUUACAGCACAGCCAUCGCGUUAUUGGUAGACUAUCCAGCCCGCUUGGAUUCAUUCAUUCUUUCAUUUCUUGUUGUUGUUGUGCGCUCGACAGACUCCCUGUCCAUUGAAACAGAGUGCUUGCACCUAUUCCACUACAUCAUUAUUCUUGCAACCGUAUCCAUCGAAAGUGGUAGUCUUGUGAAAUCUGCAAGCUAAGCUACGAGAAGACAAGAUAAUUCAAAAUGAAAUACCAACAUGAUCAACAACAGCAGCAAGCAGAUGAGAAAGAGCAUGCCAAGAACAAUGAUGACGCUUCCAGUGUUUCCUUUAUUCCCGGUCAAUUUCCGUACAUGAUGAUGCUGUCCAAUUUCCUUUUUGUGGUAGCAUCAGUGCUCUACUUGUGGAUGUCUGUCAUUGAUUAUCGCUGGAGCGGAACCCUCAAUACAUUGCCCAUGUAUGUACGAGUGGCAGACGAUGAUAUCACCUGGGUGAAUUAUCGAAUUGAAGAACGGUACAAUGCAAGUAUGCAGGGAGGAGCCCGGCGAUGGCUACAGCUGUUUGAAGAAUACGGAGGAUCCACCGUGGCACCCGUGGCAACCACACUAGCGCCCACCACCAAUAAUGCUACCGGUAUGGUCGACGACGACAGGGAUUUACCGUCGAAUAAUGACACGGAAGCAACUAUUCUGGCUACCGUGAGCAACAGCAUGGUCAGCACGGAUGCUCCUUCUGUGGAUGUGAAUAGUGGUAUGAUGGCGGCUACCGAAUUACCUACCACGGAUUCGACCACAGCAGCCGACGGAACGACAAACACACCAAGUCCAACCUUUUAUCCCACAGCAGCUCCCGUUUCUACCCCGGGGGCUCCCGAAAUUACAAACACAACCAUGGCACCCACCGUCCAAGCCACUGCUACGGAAACAACAAUCUCCGCAACCACGAUGAGUCCCACAGAAGCUCCCAUUGCAACGACAGGCACCGAACCCAAUCUAGAUGCCACCAAUCAACAACCUACGACACCAGCACCCGUCACACCAGCACCCGUAACCACACCAGCACCUGUCACUCCCGUCACUCCAGCACCCGUAACGUCGGCUCCUGCUCCCACUACUUCCGUACCCGCCCCAACCACGACAGCUCCCGCACCAACGACUUCCGUGCCCGUCGCACCCGCCGGACCCACACCAGAAGAAUUGUAUUACGACGAAUGGUGGGCCGAUUUACCACCCAAUGUUCAAGCUGCCUACACAGUCUUGGGGUAUAACGAAGAACUCUGGAAUAACAGUGGGGAGGUCGCCUCGGAUGACCUAUAUUGGCAAGAAUUGACUGACGAACAACGUACGGCAGCCGAAGAAAUUGGAUAUACCGAAGCCAUUUGGAAUGACGGAGCCACGUAUCCUCCCGUGACGACAGUGCCCGCGACGACGACAGCCGGUGGAAAUUCUACUACCAAUGCUACCGACACCAAUUCCACUCCAUCCGACACAACUUCCAGUACAACCAAUGACAAUACCAUUCCACCCGAACCGGUUCAAGCCGGAUACUACGAUGACUUUUAUUGGCACGAAUUGCCACCAGAAAUUCAACAAGCGGCCGGAGUCCUGGGGUACGACCAGAAAAUUUGGGAUACCAGCGGAUACGCCAGCUCGGAAGCUUUCUACUGGGACGAAAUGUCACCCGAACAACAAGAGGCAGCGGCACUGUUAGGGUACGACCAAUUUUCCUGGGACGGUGUCGAUCCGGAAACCGGAGAAAGCAUUGCCGAGGACGAUUACAUCUCCUACGAUGACGAUAUUGUCUUUCAAGUCAAAGCGGCAAAACACGACGUCUCCAAAUAUCAAAUACUCUACUUUUGUGCCGCAUGGUGCUUUGUCUUUGUGGGAGCACUUGAUCUGAUACGGGAACGACAUUACUUUCAUCUGUUAAUGAUUGUUGCCGGAUUGUGUGGUGUUGCCAGUGCCAUGUUGGUCGAGACGCACUUGAAAGAAUCCAACAUUAUGAAUCUCCUAUCGGUACACUUCUUCAUGCUCGAAGGUUUCACAUUGUUUGGCAAUCACAAACGACAAGCCAUUGAAUUCGAAGAUGCCGACCAAGGUGGUGGUGCCGGAUCACGGAAAUGUGUGGCGAUUUCACUGAGUGUGGCAGAUCUCUUGUUUGCAUUUGGAGCCCUGAUGGAUGUCGUGCUGUCUUAUUUCUAUGUUUUCGACAAUACAGCUGAUUGGGAUAGCUCGCUAGCGGUCACGGCCACUGUUGCUGGGUGCAUGUGGCUUCUCUGUGCUCUAAUUUACACUGUUGCCACCUUGGUGCAUUAUUAUUUGUACUCGGAGGAAGUGGAUGUCUCGGAAGAGAUGGAAAUCUAUGAUGACGUCGAAGAAGGAGCAAAUGAAUACGAUGUUGUCAAAGUGGAAAACAGCGACGGAGAAAUGGAAGAAGUGGGAACCCCGGACAUGGAUCAUUCAACUGGUGGCAGCAGCUGUCACGACAGUGCAUCACAUAUGCAACCGCAACUGGAUUGGUCCGUGAACACAGACCGAACAAGGGCACGCGUCGGAGACGAUGAUGAAACAGUAGACAAUCAAACAAUUGGAGAGAAUGAAGUCGAGGCAUAGCGGGGAAGCUGCAGACCUUCGUGAAGAGUAGUGAAGGAAGGACCUUCGCGCCCUCAUUGUGCAAGAAUUCCAUUGUUCCCCACCAUUUCUUCCUUUUGGUUCUCUCAUCCAAGUGAGAAGGAUGACGCCGAGACCGAAAACGCUACAACAGUUCCGUUCUAAACUUCUAGUUGCAUAAACGAAAACAUAGAUUUUAUAUGAUUCCCU